AUGGAUUCUGGCAACAUGGCCGGUUUUAUGGUUCUUGGAAACCUGGCAAAUACUUAUUUCCGAUUGACUCAAUGUCUCUCAGAUGCCCAGAUUAUGGCAGUGGACCUGAAUCAGAUUCAACCAGCAUUGAUUCCUCCUGGCUUUAUGCCAAAGCAGUAUGACAUUGAAGAGCCGUCUUGGGGGCCUCUGCUGGCGGACUGCGAUUUGAUUCAUAUGCGAAUGUUACUUGGCAGUAUUCAGACGGACUUGUGGCCUCAAGUCUACCACAAUGCCUUUGAGCACUUGGCUCCAGGCAUCGGCUUCCUGGAGCACAUUGAGGUUGACUGGAUACCACGAUGUGACGAUGAUGAACGCCCUGCAAAUUCCGCAUUCGUGAAGUGGGCAGAGCUUUUUCUCGAUGGUAUGGAUCGAUUCAACCGCAGGGUCAGAGUCACGCCGCAAGAACAUCGGCAAAUGCUCGAAGCUACAGGUUUCACAGACAUCAGGCAGGAGGUGAUCAAGGCUUAUGUUUGCCCCUGGUCUGCUGAUCGAAACGAACGUGAAAUCGCCCGAUGGUUCAAUAUCGGGCUGUCUCAUAGUCUGGAGGCCAUGAGUUUAAAACCCCUGAUCGAGAAACUCGGAUUUGAGGCCGAGGAAGUUCGUGAGCUAUGUGAGAGAGCGAAGCGCGAAACAUGUGUCUUGCGCUACCACACUUAUUGUAACAUUCAUGUCUGGACGGCUAGGAAGCCCGGACCUCAACAGUAA